UUAAAGUAAAUAAUACACUCCAAUAAGCCUUCAGAACAUCGAGGAUCAAUAGGAUAUAGUCAAAACAUUUCAGAAAUAAGAAGAAUUCUACAAAUAAAUUAAGUGACAUCACAAGUUUCACAAAAUAAUGAUUAAUUAAAGUAUAAGAAGAGUUUCCACAAUUUCAAUACAGUAAUACAAAUAGUCAUUGUGUAAUCUAAUAGUCGUAAAGGAAAAGAAAGCCGAAGAGAGCAACAAUCUGUUACAAAAAUGGGCUUGCUGGAAGAAUAUGAACAGCAAUUUGGGCAAUUAUCUGCAGAGAUAACAUCCAAUAUUGGACGAUUAUCGAGUGUGUCAAUUGAUGAUCGUAGAAACUUAAUAGUAGAAAUAAAUCGCGGAAUUGAUGAGGCACAAGAAAUUCUUGAGCAAAUAGGAUUAGAGAUAAAUCAAAAUACAGAUCAUUCCCAAAGAACCAGUCAACAAAUGAGAUUAAAGUCAUAUCAAGCUGAAUUAAGGCGGCUCGAAGAGGAUUAUAAUAAAUCAAAAAUCAAGCCUAAUCCAUUAUUAGUUGACGAUUCAUCAUCGAUAGAUGAUUUUGAUAUUGGCAUACCUGAAGAUCAAAAACGACGACUUCUGGAUAAUUCCGAGAGACUAGAAAGAACUGGCAACAGAUUAGCUGAAGGAUAUAGAAUUGCUAUCGAGACAGAAGAAAUUGGCACUCAAGUGCUACAGAAUCUAUCGACACAACGUGAGUCAAUUCAGCGUAGUAGAAAUCGACUGAGAGAGACAAAUGCUGAUUUAGGCAGAAGUUCACGACUUAUGAACACAAUGAUAAUGAGAAGCAUAAGAGAUAAGUUUGUGUUAUACAUUAUCGGUGUUGUAUUCAUUGUCGCUGUUUCAUUAACCAUUUAUUUUUCAAUUAAAUAAGAACCUUAAUGUCCUUAAUUGAUUAAUUUAUCGGCAAUGAGACAACAAAAGAAAUGAAAUGUUAUUACUAUGUAUGUACUAAAUUAUUAAUUAUACACCAUGUAUAACUGUCGUACGCGGUGAAAUGUAUACAUUAUGUUUUGAUAUGUCCGAAUGAUAAGGCUUAGUGCCUCUCUUAUGCAUAAAGUACUAUUGACAUAUUGAUCCCCCAUUAAUAGCUUUAAUGUUAAUCAAUUAAUAAAAAUGAUCAGUAAAAAGAGUGAGCAUGAAC